CCGGUGUGUGGAGCGCGCACGCGCGAGAGCGAGGGAGUAGACGUUUGAAGCUGCGCGUGCGCGAAGCAGCCAGUCGGUCCAGUCAGUCAAAGAGUGCGCGCUCUCUCUUGCCUGAGGUAAAAAAGGAGGCGAAGGAGGGAGAGCCGUUGCUGCUGCUGCUGCUUCUGCUUCUGUGGCGACGCCGACGCCGCCUCAGCCUCCCUCUGUCUUUGGCCGGCCCUGAAAGGAGCUUCGCCUCGGAAGGGCGAGCACAGCCCCAGCCUAGCGACCCCACCGCCACCUCAAGCCUCCGCCUCAGCCCCCGGACAACGACGACGAUGAGCGACCGCGAGCAGCUGCUGCAGCGAGCCCGCCUGGCAGAGCAGGCGGAGCGAUACGACGACAUGGCUUCGGCCAUGAAAGCGGUGACCGAGCUGAAUGAGCCCCUCUCAAAUGAAGACAGGAACCUGCUGUCUGUAGCAUACAAGAAUGUAGUUGGUGCCAGGCGAUCUUCCUGGCGAGUCAUCAGCAGCAUAGAGCAGAAAACCAUGGCUGAUGGGAAUGAGAAGAAGCUGGAAAAGGUUAAAGCAUAUAGGGAGAAGAUUGAAAAGGAGUUGGAGACAGUGUGCAAUGAUGUUUUGGCCCUGCUAGACAAGUUCUUGAUCAAGAACUGCAGUGACAUUCAAUAUGAGAGCAAGGUCUUCUAUCUGAAAAUGAAAGGUGAUUACUACCGCUAUUUGGCAGAAGUCGCUGCAGGUGAGAAGAAGAACAGCGUUGUGGAAGCAUCAGAGGCUGCCUACAAAGAAGCCUUUGAAAUCAGCAAAGAGCACAUGCAGCCCACGCACCCAAUCAGGCUGGGGUUGGCACUCAACUUCUCUGUCUUCUACUAUGAAAUCCAGAAUGCCCCUGAGCAGGCCUGCCUUCUAGCCAAACAAGCCUUUGAUGACGCCAUUGCGGAGCUGGACACACUCAACGAGGAUUCCUACAAGGACUCCACGCUUAUCAUGCAGCUCCUUCGAGACAACCUCACUCUCUGGACAAGUGACCAGCAGGAUGAGGAGGCAGGGGAAGGCAACAAUUGAAGAGCUCCCAGAUCACGGCUUCCCAUCAACCACCACCUCAUCACCAUCACCAAUACUUCUUUGCCACGAUCACACUAUGUAUUUAGUGCUAAGCAUAAAUGUAUUGUUGGCACAGCUGUGAGGUCUGCCAGGUGCUGCUUCAGAUGGGGCUUCAUGGGCAUUGCUGGACUAAAUGGUGUAUCAGCCCUGUUUAUCAUAGUGGCAUAUUGUGCAGGAAGAAACUUAAAAUGAGGCAUUUUAGUUUCAUUUGAUUCAUAUUAUAUGGGUUAAUAAAAGAGUGGAAAUGAUUUAGGAGAAUUGAUCGGAAAUUGAAUCUUUAAAUUUUCUGCUUGGAGUGGAUUGUGUCAGUUAAGCAGUACAUCUUAUACAUGCAAAACAUGGAAGUGGCUCUAAGCAGAUGUGAACUGAUUUUGUCCUGUUCAUCAAUUUUAAAAUGUGAGGUUCUAUAACAAUCUGUGUUACACUCUUUAUGUGCACAGACUUGGUUUCAGGCAAUGCAUCUUGAGGUUUUGAUUUUGAUACUUGUAAGCUUUUUUUGCAGUUUUGAAGAAUCAUGAUUUAUUUUUUUGUAAAUUCUUUGGCUGUUCAGUUGCCUGUGUAUUCUGACAGCGCAGUGUCAAUGUUAGCCCAUGUUAAGAUGGAUGAUGAGAUGCCAGACUUCUAAAUUAAGUGUUUUGGAAUUAAAGAAAAUAAACUGCUGCUUGGGGGAGAGAA